AAAAAAAUCUACUUAUAAUAUUGGGUGCAUCAAGGUAACUGGAAAGUAGUGGCUGAGGCGGACUGGCGGAGUACACUCACCGACUCACUUGGCCCAUUUCCUUCAACCAUGAAAACCACCACCACCGAACCCUUUAUUGACCUCGAGCAUUCACCAAACCACCACACUACGCUACUAAACCACCCCGAACUACAACAAGGCGCUGUGAGAAAACAGUCGUUCGUCAGGGUUCUCUCCAGUAUCACUUUGGUCUCUCUGUUCUUUGUUUUAGCUUUUGUACUCAUCGUCCUGAACCAACAAAAUUCCACCAACACCACCGCUGCUAAUUCAUCCCCGCCGGAGGAUAAAUCUUCCCGACGAUACUCUCAGUCCGCUCGCCUGACAUGGGAAAGAACAGCUUACCAUUUUCAGCCACAAAAAAAUUUCAUCUACGAUCCCAAUGGGCCGUUAUUUUACAUGGGUUGGUACCAUCUUUUUUAUCAAUACAAUCCGUACGCUCCAAUAUGGGGCAAUAUGUCAUGGGGUCACGCCGUGACCAAAGACAUGAUCAACUGGUUCGAGCUUCCCGUUGCCUUGACCCCAACCGAAUGGUAUGAUUUCGAGGGAGUCCUAUCUGGGUCCACCACUGCCCUCCCCAACGGUCAAAUCUUUGCAUUGUACACAGGAAAUGCAAACGAUUUCUCGCAACUACAAUGUAAAGCUGUUCCUGUAGACAAAUCUGACCCACUCCUUGUAGAGUGGGUCAAAUACGAGAAUAACCCAAUCCUAUACACUCCAUCAGGGAUUGGGUUAAAAGACUAUCGAGACCCGUCCACAGUCUGGACGGGUCCCGAUGGAAAACAUAGGAUGAUUAUGGGCACUAAGAUUAAUCGUACUGGACUUGUACUUGUUUACCAUACAACCGAUUUCGUAAACUAUGUGAUGUUGGACGAGCCGUUACAUUCGGUUCCCAAUACUGAUAUGUGGGAAUGUGUUGACUUUUAUCCUGUGUCAACAAUAAAUGAUAGUGCGUUUGAUAUCGCGGCCUAUGGCAGCGAUAUCAAGCACGUGAUUAAAGAAAGUUGGGAGGGACAUGGGAUGGAUUGGUAUUCAAUUGGGACAUAUGAUGCAAUGAAGGAUAAGUGGACCCCGGAUAAUCCGGAAUUGGACGUGGGUAUCGGGUUACGGGUCGAUUACGGGAGGUUUUUUGCAUCGAAGAGUCUUUAUGACCCGUUGAAGAAACGGAGGGUCACCUGGGGUUAUGUUGCAGAAUCGGACAGUGCAGAUCAGGACCUUAAUAGAGGAUGGGCUACUAUUUACAAUGUUGCAAGAACUGUGGUGCUAGAUAGAAAAACCGGAACCCAUCUACUUCAUUGGCCCGUUGAGGAAAUCGAGACUUUGAGAUCCAAUGUUCGUGAAUUCAAAGAGAUUGGGCUUGAACCGGGUUCGAUCGUUCCACUUGAUAUUGGUCAGGCUACACAGUUAGACAUAGUUGCGACAUUUGAGGUGGAUCCAGAGUCAUUAAGCUUGACAAGUGACACAAACGGUGAAUAUGGUUGCACCACAAGCUCGGGUGCAACCGAUAGGGGAAUUUUGGGACCAUUUGGGAUUGUGGUUCUUGCUGACGUGGCACUUUCAGAAUUAACACCGGUUUAUUUCUACAUUGCGAAAAGUAAUGAUGGUGGUGUAUCAACACAUUUUUGUACCGAUAAGCUAAGGUCAUCACUGGAUUAUGAUGGCGAGAGAGUGGUAUAUGGGAGCACUGUCCCUGUUCUUGAUGGUGAAGAACUCACAAUGAGGUUACUGGUGGAUCAUUCGGUAGUGGAGGGAUUUGCAAUGGGAGGAAGGAUAGUAAUGACAUCAAGAGUGUAUCCCACAAAGGCAAUAUAUGAAGGAGCAAAGAUCUUCUUGUUCAACAACGCAACUGGAACAAGUGUGAAGGCAUCUCUCAAGAUCUGGCAAAUGGGUAAAUAA